AUGACCCGCAAGGCUGAGCUCGAGGCGGUGUGCGCGGCGAUCGGACAGGCGGGGAAAGGGAUCACGGCGUGCGAUGAGGGACCGGGGACGAUCGGGAUGCGGUUCGAGAACGUGGGGGUGACGAAUACGGAGGAAAACCGACGGGCGUAUCGACAAAUGUUGUUCGAAACGCCCGGGGCGAACAAGUACCUGAGCGCGGCUAUUUUGGACCCGGAAACGUUGUAUCAAAAGAGCACGACGAACGGGAAGCUGUUCCCGGAGGUGCUGAGCGAACUCGGCAUCGUGCCGGGCGUGAAACCGCACUUGAAGGUGUACGCGCUGCCGGGCCAGAGCGGAGCGACGGUGAUGCAAGGCUUGGACUCGCUCGCGGUGCGAUUGCAAGAGUACAAAGACGCCGGGUGCAAAUUCGCCAAAUGGCGCUCGCCGUUGGAGAUUGACUUGGCCACCGGUCAGCCGAGCGAGCUCACCAUCGAGACGAACAUGAAGGAUUUGGCGCGAUACGCGUUGAUUUGCCAAGACGUCGGCUUGGUGCCGAUCGUGGAGCCGGAUAUUUCUCUCAAGGGUGAUCACGACCUUGAGACCGCGGUUCGCGUGAACGUCAAGGUGCAGAGCAUGCUGUUCAAGUCGAUGCUCGACCACGGCGUGUACAUGGAAGGCGCGCUCCUCAAGUCCAACAUGGUGAACCCGGGUAAGAAGUGCAAGACCAACUACACCGUGGACGAACUCGCGAUUGCGAAUCUGCAAGUCUUCCGUCGAUGCUUCCCGACCGCCAUGGUGAGCGCCAACUUCUUGUCCGGCGGCCAAUCGCUCGAAGACGCCGCUGCUCGCCUCGAUGCCAUCAACAAGCACAAGUCCGCGAAGGAUCCUUGGAACUUGUCUUUCUCCUGGUCUGCGGCGCUGCAGAUGCCACUUUUCGAGCUUUGCCGAGGUAAGACUGAGCUUCCGCUCAAGGAGAUGGGUGACUUGUACAUCGCCGAAUUGGAAAAGGCAGGCGCCGCCGCGCUCGGCCAAUAUUCGCGCAACGGCAAGGAGGGCGACCACUCCGCCAAGUAAGACGGCGUCGUACCACCACCGUCGCGAGUGAUAUCAUAUCAUAUCGAAAAUCUCGCGUACGUCGCGCGU